AUGGGCCCUCAAUAUCUCCUGGCUCUGUUUCUCCUUCCCAUGGUCCUGGGAAUUGAGGUCGAGGGGACCCCUGCACCCCAGGAAGAUGAGUCCAUGAGCCCCACGCUGUUCUACCAGAUGCAGGAGUCACUUCUUGGUUACUGGGACACAGCCAAAACAGCCGCCCAGGGCCUGUCCGACGUAGGAAAGACACUCAGGGAAAUGUGCAGCAAAAGUGCGGAAGCUAUGACCACUUACGCAGGGAUUUUUACUGACCAGGUCUUUUCUGUGCUGAAGGCAGACCAGUAA